AUGAUGAGAAGGUUGAGGGGUUACAAGACUUUGAUGUUUGGGGGAGAGUUUCUACAUUUAAGAUGUGCAUGCCACAUCAUAAAUUUAAUAGUUAGGGAUGGUUUGAAGGAGUUAGAAGCUGGGAUUGCUGCUAUAUGGAACUGUGCUAAGUAUGUUAGGAGUUCAUCGCAAAGACUUGACAAGUUUAGGGAGUUUGUUGUUUUGGAACAAUGCAGGGCAAAUGCCAAUAUUCCAUUAGAUGUAAUCACAAGAUGGAAUAGCACAUAUCUCAUGCUUGAAGCUGCACUCAAGUAUGAGACUGUGUUUGAAAGAAUGGUUGAAGAAGAUAGUCAGUUUAAAGCAUAUUUCAAUGAAACUGACAAAAAUGGCAGAAGCAGGGUUGGACUCCCAUCUAAUGAGGACUGGAGGAAUGCACAAGCCUUUUGCUUGUUCUUGAAAAAGUUUUAUGAAGCUAUGGUGAAGCUUAGUGCUUGGAAAAAAAUCACAGCAAAUAUAUUAUUUGUUGAAAUGAUAACUUUACAAACUGAGAUUGACAAGGCCAUGAACGCAGAAGAUGAAGUUUUAAAGAGGGUUGCUACUUCAAUGAAGACCAAGUUUAACAAAUAUUGGGGAAGCUUUGAAUCGGUGAACAAGAUAAUUAUGAUAGCUAAUGUUCUUGACCCAAGAUACAAGCUACAGUGGGCAGAAGUAGCUAUGGAAAAGGUCGAUGCAAGCUAUGAAACGAUUAACUCAAUACAAGGGGACUUGAAGAAAAUAUUGUUGAACAUGUAUGAUGAAUAUAAGGGCAGCGAAGGUAGCAACCAAACUGAACAAAGCAUGGCAGAAGAUUUUGGAUUGGAAGGGGAUGACUUGGAGAACCUUGAUGAAGUCAGCAGGAAAAUAGCAAGGGAGAGGAUGGCAGAGCAAUCCCAAUGCAUAAGAAAUGAAGUUGAUCAAUAUUUAUCGGAUAGGUAUGUCAGCCUCUUGGCAAAAAAAAUUGAAAUUCACAAGUGGUGGAAGGCCAAUGAGCAAACCUAUCCAGUCCUAUCAAAGCUAGCAAAUGAUAUUUUUGCUAUUCCAUGCUCAAUAGUGGCUUCGGAGAAUGCAUUCAGUUUAGGAUCAAAAGUGGUGGAUCCUUUUAGAGCUUCAUUGACACCAAAAAUGGUGGAAGCCCUUGUUUGCACUUCGGAUUGGUUAAAAUAUGAUCCCCCAAACUUCUAUAAAGAUCCCGCUAAAGAUGACCUUGAGAUGCACCACACUUUGGAGGAACUUGAGAGCGGUAAGCCAUUGAAAAUGUGGAUUUUCUGA